AUGAAUCCUUACAUCCUAUCCAUCCUCCUAUUUGGCCUAGGCCUAGGAACAAUAACCACCUUCGCAAGCUCACACUGACUACUUGCCUGAAUAGGACUUGAAAUCAACACCCUUGCCAUCAUCCCACUCAUAGCUCAACACCACCACCCCCGAGCAGUAGAAGCCGCCACAAAAUACUUCCUGACCCAAGCAGCUGCCGCUGCCAUGCUACUAUUCGCAAGUACUACAAAUGCCUGACUAACAGGACAAUGAGAUAUUCAACAAAUAACCCAUCCACUCCCAAUCACAAUAAUUACCCUAGCCCUCGCAUUAAAGGUAGGCCUUGCACCCCUCCACGCCUGACUCCCUGAGGUCCUCCAAGGCCUAGACCUAUCAACAGGGCUUAUCCUAUCCACCUGACAAAAACUCGCUCCAUUCUCACUUCUCCUACAAAUACAAACUUCAAACCCCACCAUACUAAUCUUAUUAGGCCUAACAUCCACCCUUGUAGGAGGCUGAGGGGGAUUAAACCAAACACAACUACGAAAAAUCUUAGCCUACUCCUCAAUCGCCCACUUAGGCUGAAUAAUUCUAGUGAUGCAAUUCUCCCCAUCCCUAUCACUCCUCGCCCUAAUAACAUACUUCAUUAUAACCUUCUCAGCAUUCUUAGUAUUUAAACUAAACAAGGCAACCAACAUUAACUCACUCGCCUCCUCCUGAGCAAAAAUACCAGUAAUCACGUCUCUCACCCCUCUAAUUCUCCUUUCGCUAGGCGGGCUACCCCCACUUACCGGCUUCUUGCCUAAAUGACUUAUUCUUCAAGAGCUCGCUAAACAAGCCCUUCCUCUAACAGCCACCUUAGCAGCCCUAACCGCACUACUCAGCCUAUACUUCUACUUACGACUUUGCUACGCCAUAACCCUAACCAUAUCACCAAAUAACCUAGUAGGAACAGCCCCCUGACGACUUCCCUCCUUCCAACUAACCCUCCCCCUAGCCACCACAACCACUAUAACAAUCCUUCUACUUCCCCUCGCCCCUGCCGCAACAACCUUAAUGACCAUCU